AUAUUUUCGGCAUCUUUUCUUUGCAUGGGCCGGGCACAACAUAUUGGACUGCAACCCUCAUUAUCCACAGCUCCCACCGCUCUUGUACAGGCUGGUUUGCGGAAGAUAGGGAGUUGUAAGUCGAAAACGCCCACAGCCAUCCGCUCUCUCGCUGCUUCCCGGACGUAAAGCAAAACCAUUUGGACAGGUUGAUGAACAAUGACAAGCCAGAGCAAGAAGAACGAAUCCAACAAACUGCCCAAAAGAGUCUUUGCUCCUCCCGUAGUGAAGUCCUACAGCACACCCUUUGGAAAAGGUGAAUUGGAGCUUCACGGCAAGGCAGAAGAUGGAGUUACAGCCAAAUCCAUAAUAAAUAUGUUACCAGUGCAAAGUAAAAGACAGACAGAGAGGACGGCUAAUGUAGAAAAGAAAUCUCAGUGCAAGAAGAAUUUGGAAAUGAUUGAGAAUGAAAAGGAGUGUCUCACCGAUGCACAAUUUGAGGAAAUCGUCCAAAGUGUACUUCAAAAGUCUCCCCAAGAAUGCAUGGAAAAAUUUCAGAAGAGACGUGUUUCAGCAGAGUCUGCGGAAGGCCAGCCUUCGAGCAGGGAGGCAUCGGAGGCAUUUCUGCCUGCAGAGCGGAACGGCUCGUGGAAGAAAACAGAAGUGGGACGGAGAGGACACCAAAUCAAAACGAAGAAGCAAAGCAAAUUUGGUGCCGACAAGGGUGAAAAAAAGCUAAAUGAGAAAGCGCCAGCAAACAAUGUAGGGUGUAAGGCAAACCGGAAAAGAGAGCCCAAGAAAGCCGCGCAAGGCGGCGACGCCCAAGACGUCAUUGACCCAGAGGAAGCGCCGGAGGAGGAGGAGGAGGAAGAGGAGGCGGCCGGAGGAAGUGGCAGCCGCCGCUGCUGUACCGCUUGGAUCCAGUGCUCUUACCCCAGCUGUGAGAAGUGGCGGCGACUCAGCAGCGACGUGGACCCCUCAGCCCUGCCGGAGGACUGGUCCUGUAGCCAGAAUCCAGAUCUUCAGCACAACAGCUGCAGUGUUCCCGAGGAGGACUGGUCGGGCUCCGAAAACGAAGUGGUCUAUGCCAUUUAUUUCCCAGGGUCCAUCGUGUGGGCCAAGCAAUAUGGAUACCCCUGGUGGCCGGGGAUCAUAGAAGCUGACCCUGACAUUGAAGAGUACUUCCUGUUUUCUUCCCAGGCAGACUCACUUCCUUCCAAGUACCACGUGACCUUCUUCGGCCACCCCGUGACCCGUGCUUGGAUCUCUGCCUCCCAACUGAAGAACUACGGUGAAGCAGCCGGAGAAGGAAGCGUCUUGGCCAAGAUCAGGAAUAAAAGUGAGAAGAAGGACCUCAGAUUGGCUCUGGAAAUGGCGAAAGAAGCAGAACGGAUAAGCAUUCAGGUGGGCCCUGGAUUCUGGUCACAAAGGUUGUGGGUCGCCGUAGCCUUUUUUUUCCUGGAAUAACCGUCAUCAUAUAUCCUCACACUUUUGUUCAGCAUCUAGACCAGGAGUCUGCAAAUCUGGCCACUUUGUGGCCUUCAAUUCCCUUUAAUUGGGGGGAUUCUAGGAGUGGAAGCCCACGAGGCAUAAAAGAGCCAAGGUUGCCUACCCCUGUCCUAACUUCUGCUCAUUCGGGCUUCGUCUUCGGUGCCGUUUGUUAAAACCAUCCAUUUCUGCUUCAUUCAUUAUUGCCUUGGUGGCUGUACUGCUGGAGUGUAGGCCCAAGCUCCCUUUGCAACAUUUUAUUCAUUUAUUUAUAUUUCCUAUUUCUAAACUCUGCAUUGAAUUGAGGAGGUGCAGCAGUAAAACGUGCUGCUGUGGAAACUGCCUCGUUUCAAACAAACACAGACCUAUUUUUUCCUUUUCUUAUCAGAAAUCAGUAUAAGGCAGGCAGCCUUGCAAGGCAAGCUGCUAAUAUUUUAAAUAGGAAGGUGAUUAACGCUUCUG